UCCUAUUUGAAGCACAAACAUGCUGCUGUCCAUGUCUCGGCUUCUGGUGCUUCUGCUCAUUUCCACUUAUUUGACGACUUUUGCGGCAGAGUUCAGCCCGCCGAGUUUGCCCUUUGCGACGGCACACUUCAAUCUCGCGAGCGAGAAAAGCCAACAUAGCCAGGUGAAACUUCCCGCCGGCGUCAAAAGGGGUAGCGACGACGUCAAAGGGGCGACUUCCCAGUCGUUUGGAUGCACCCUUGAGCUACAAGUGGUUCAGAGACUGAGUGGCAUGUGCAUCGAUUUCGGCAGGUCCAACGCGUGCUCAGCAGGUGCUUACAUAUACCCUUUCCACCCUGAAUGCAUCAACGGACGCCAACGCCAGUCUCAAGUGAGACCAUGAUUUGAGUUCAG